CCCACCCUCGGCCCCGCCCCGCCCUCGUCCCGCCCCUGCCCUCCCUUCGCCUGCCCGUCGUGCCCCAAGUCGUUCCCGUCGCCGGCCAAGCUGGCCGUGCACCGCCGGGCCCACACGGGCGAGCGCCCCUUCGCCUGCCCCGAGUGCCCCAAGGCCUUCGCCGACCCCUCGGUGUUCCGCAAGCACCUGCGGGGCCACGCGGGGCUGCGGCCGCACCGCUGCGGCCACUGCCCCAAGGCCUACGCCGAGCGCAAGGACCUGCGCAACCACCAGCGCUCGCACACGGGGGAGCGGCCCUUCCUCUGCGCCGACUGCGGCAAGGCCUUCGGCCGCUCCUCGUCGCUGGCCUGCCACCGCCGCAUCCACGCCGCCGCCAAGCCCUUCCCCUGCCCCGAGUGCGGCAAGGCCUUCACGCAGCUCUCGUCCUUCCAGAGCCACCGGCGCGUCCACACGGGCGAGCGGCCCUUCCUGUGCCCGCAGUGCGGCCGCACCUUCGCCGACCCCUCCAGCUUCCGGCGCCACCAGCGCGCCCACCAGGGCCUGAAGCCGUGCCGCUGCGGCGACUGCGGCAAGGCCUUCCGGCAGCCCGCCGACCUGGCCGUGCACCGCCGCACCCACACCGGCGAGCGGCCCUGGCGCUGCGGCGACUGCGGCAAGGCCUUCGUGGCCUCCUGGGACCUCAAGAGGCACCGGCUGACGCACUCCGGGGAGAGGCCCUGGCGCUGCGGCGACUGCGGGAAGGGCUUCGGCGAGAGGGCGGCGCUGGGCAAGCACCGGCGCACCCACUCCGGGGAGAGGCCCUUCGCCUGCGGGAGGUGCGGGAAGGGCUUCGGCGGCGUCUCGGGGCUGCGCAAGCACGAGAGGACCCACGGCAGGAGGGACGCCGAGGGGGCGGGGGGAAGCAACAUGGCUGACACGGUGGAGGGGGACAGUGGGAGCCACGGGGCCGCCCUGAAGGAGGAGGGCGAUGUGGGGGAGCCCAAUAUGGCGGCGCCCUGCGGGGGGAGCAAUAUGGCCGCCGGCGCGAGGGGAACCAAUAUGGCCGCCGGCGCGAGGGGAACCAAUAUGGCCGCUGUUGUGAGGGAAACCAAUAUGGCCUCCGGAGUGAGGGGAGGCAAUAUGGCCGCCCCCGGUUUGGUGUCCGCCGACAUGGCGGCACCCUGUGGGGGCAGCAAUAUGGCCGCCGUUGUGAGGGGGAACAAUAUGGCCGCCCCCGGUGUGGUGCCCACCAACAUGGCCGCUCAAUACGGGGGAGCCGAGAGGGCCAAUAUGGCCGCCCCCGGCGGGGAGAACAGUGCGGCCCACCCCAAUGUGGGAGUCUCCACUGGGGGGGGCAAUAUGGCCGCUACAAACGUGGCCGACCCCAAUAUGGCGGCCCCCAUCGGAGAAACCAAUAUGGCCGCCCCAAAUAUGGCAGCCGCCGUGGGGGACAUCAAAGUGACCCCCAAAACGCUGGGGGCCCUCGCCAACAUGGCCGCCUUCGAGGGGAACGACGGGGGGGACCUCGGCGGAGGGUCCGACAUGGCCGCCGGCGGGAGGGGAGCCAAUAUGGCCGCCGCCAACAUGGCCGCCGCCAACAUGGCCGCCCCCAUUGGGGAAUCCAACAUGGCUGCCGCCAACAUGGCGGCCCCCAUGGGGGAAACCAACAUGGCCGCCCCGCCGGGGCCCCGCCCCUUCCCCUGCCCCCUCUGCGGGCGGAGCUUCGCCUCGGGGGCGGGGCUGAGGCGGCACCAGCGACGUCACGACCCCGCCCCCUCCCCCAUAGCCACGCCCCUGUCGCGAUAGCCACGCCCCUCCCUUCCUCUGAUGGCCACGCCCCCACGGGGUGGGUGGGGGUGGGGUGGGUGGGGUCUGGUUUUGGCCACGCCCCCGUUUUUGUGACGUCAUAAAUAAAGGA